GUUUUGGAAUCUCAUCCGUGGUGCAUGUCAUUGUCAAAUAUGUUAUAUGCAUAUGUAGGUACAUGUGUACAUGUGUCCAUAAGGUUAAUGUAUACGUUACUUCCACGAUCGAUUUAGUACGCAUCCGUUUCGUGUCAAUCUCAACAAGAGGAGAGUAUAGAAAGUCAAUACUUUCUCCAAUUUGAAACCGAAAGAUGUUCAAUGCAAGUCGUGGUCGCACUUAUUUCACUGGAAUUCUAAACUUCUGUUCAGAAUGAUUAAUUGUGUUCAUACACACGUGUAGAUUCUGUUGCACGCGCAGCACAAUUUUGGCGUAGUUUCAUUUCACUAUUUUUUUAUCUACAUAUAUUGCUUUCCAAUAUUGUGUGUACGCAAGAAUUUUUUUUCUCGGGCGGAUAAAUCGAUUUUUGACGAUCUUGAUUUAUUACUUGCUCCCAAAAUGUUAGUUGUAGUGUGACGAGGAUUCAUUUAUAAAAUCUCAGUUUCAACCUUGUCAAUGAAACGAUUUAGAGUAAGAAAUGAUUAUCUAUGGUUAUCCACAGAGUGGUCAUACGAAUAAGUGCAACCUAGAUGUAUCAGAAAGUGUCAUGGGUUGCGUAACCGGAAUACAAAGAGGUCAAUCAUUUAUUUGCACUUAUAUAAACAUGGCGGAUUCCAUUGUACACACGAGUACGUGUACGUAUGGAUUUCGAUUCAUACGUAAGCCAUACAUAUGUCACUUUCAGAUUUAGGUUGAACUUCUUCGUACAACCACCCUUUGAAUAAUAGAUAAUCAUUUCUUACUGUAAACCGCAAAUGUACGUAGAUGUGUACUUCAUGUCAUCCUAAGUUCUUAGAAAGUAUUAUGGAAACAUUUCAUAUUUCAUGACUAAACUUCAACCAUAAACUCAUAUUUAUUUACAUAGUCAGCUUACUUACUUCUCACGCCCACAUACAUAUGGAAUUUAAUGCUGUGAAAAUAAUUCAUGGACAUACCUAGAUACAUACACGUACAAAUAUAAUUAUUCUAUGCUAGUACAUAAUUAAAGACUGGUAAAUAAUUAACUUUAAGUUAUUGCUCAUCGUGAUAUUCAAUAAAUGAUGUAACUAUUAUGCUUAUCAAAUCUCAUCUCCAGUUCAUUCCAGAUUUUAGCGUUGUCAUUGUGAAAUAAAUAGAAACCAGUUCGAUCGACUGAUAUCAGACAAUGAGUUACAUUUAGCACACUUGACAGCCAGCACUAGCAUUAAGCAUUCUUUUUAAUUAAAAUUCCAAUUGUGAAAAAUUAUCAAGUUCUUAUUGUAGUCCAGCAGUUCUGUUUUUAUCCAAACACGUGUCGUAGGUAGUUAUCAAUUCCAACUUUGGCAACGCUUAUCACUGGCAUUAAAAUAGUGGGAGUGGACACUUCUUCAGCCAGUGUGGAUGCAGGAUCCAAUUUACAGCGACCUAAAAUAGAGUAGAUAAUCCGUCGAUAAUUAUAAAUUCAACCGGGAUGGCAUCCCAAACCCCAAAGUACCGCUUGACAUACUGGAAUGCGAGGGCCUUAGCGGAACCCUUGAGGUAGAUUAUGUGCCAACUCAUUUCUUUAAAUCUGUUCAAUAAUUGCUAUAUUUUUCAAAUUGACUUGUUUGAGGUGAAUUUUUCAUUACACGGGAACCCCGUUCGUUGAUGACCGAAUUCCUUGGGAUAUACCUCUCUGGUUUACAGAAAAUAAGAAGAAAUUCGCAUCUACGGCGUAUCAGAUACCAGCAUUUUUUGAAGACGAUAAAGCACCAAUUGGUCAAUCGCAUGUGAUUUCGAGAUAUCUCGCCAAUAAAUUUGGAUUAGUGGGAGACACAAAUAUUGAAAAUGCCAGGGUUGACGAAGUGAUCAGCAUGGUGUAUGAUUUAUUCAUUUGGUAUCGGAUGCUUGUAAUUUUCGAAAAAGACUUAGAAAGAAGGAAACAAAAUCGUAUGUUUGUCGAGUCAAGGAUUCAAACUUUCUAUGCGCAUUGGAACAAGAUUUUAGAAGAGUCGGGAGGUGAUUAUGUAAUUGGGAAGAAGCUAACACACGCAGAUUUUUGGUUAGCAAGUUUUGUGCAGAUAUGGGAUGACCCAAUGGAAGGAAAUGGACCAGUUCUGUCGCCAGGAUUUCAGCAACCUUCACAAGCUGAUGCGUUUCUAAACUAUACGGAUAACUUUCCGGCUCUUAAAGCCCACAAGGAGAAAGUUACGUCAAUCCCGCAAAUUAAAGAGUGGAUUAAAAAGCGUCCCAAAACUAGUGCAUAACAUGUGCAUAUAUAGAAACGAAAUAUGUAUUUGUGAAAAAUGGGAUACUCCUGUAAUUAUGUUAGCUUGGUUCAUUUUUAUUUUCCACAAUAAUUUCUGAACAAGCUUAUGUAUUCGUGUUAAAUAAAUUCAGUGAUACGAAGCACAGCAUGCGUAUUAAGCAGAAUAUCCAAACGCCGAGGUGCUGUUCAUUACGUUAUGUAUGGAAAUAUUUAAAUUGAAGCAAUACGUAUAAUAAACUAGUGUGAAAACGAAGUCCUAAAAAUUCUCUAUUGAAUAUACUACGAAACUAUCCAUAUGCAUCAUUUCAAUGAAAAUUAGACUACGGUAUCCAUUCUCAAUAAGUUUGGUCCUUGGUCAAUGUGAACUUGAAUAAAGAAUUUCAAGAAAAUAAAUUACCCCCCUCGAGAAGGGUGGUGCACAUGGACAAACAGACAAAACGUUUCAAUUAGUUGUUUCAGUUCCUUCCCUAGUGAUAAAAACUGAGCUUAAAUUUUGAGCAUUCUAAGGUA